AUGGCUCGCUGGCACAUCCUGGCCUUGGCCCUGUGCUCCUACCUCGGGGUAGCCUGGGCUGCCACCAGUUUGUACCCAAACCCCUCUUGUUUGUGCUUUGCCCCCCAGACACUGUCCCCAAAGAACAAGGGCCUGUUCAAGAGAGCCAUCAGCCAGAGCGGUGUUGGGCUCUGCAGCUGGGCCAUCCAGAGGGACCCGCUCGUCUGGGCCAAAAAGCUUGGAGAAAAGGUGGGCUGCCCAACAGACAACACCACCGUCUUGGCCAACUGCCUCCGUAUCUCUGACCCCAAAGCCUUGACCUUGGCCUACCACCAGCAGCUCACCCACCUGUCCAUGCCCAUGGUGCACACUGUCGCCCUCUCUCCAGUUGUGGAUGGGGAUUUCCUCCCAGACGUGCCAGAGAAGCUCUUUGCCAACGCUGCCGACAUCGACUACCUGGCCGGGGUCAAUAACAUGGAUGGGCACAUGUUCGCCGGCGUGGAUUUACCCGCCAUCAACCGCCCGCUGGUGAAGGUCACUGCUGACCAGGUGUACAAUUUGGUCAAAGGCCUCACCGUGGACAGGGGCGAGGCUGGAGCCAACGCCACCUACAACAUCUACACACAGAGCUGGGGUGACAAACCUGAGCAGGAGCUCGUGAAGAAGACAGUGGUGGAUCUGAUCACUGACUACAUCUUCCUGAUUCCAACACAGGUGGCACUGGACCUGCACCUGCAGAAUGCCAAGAGUGGCAAGACCUACAGCUACUUGUUCUCGGAGCCGUCCCGCAUGCCCAUCUACCCCCGCUGGGUUGGGGCAGACCAUGCUGAUGACCUGCAGUACGUGUUUGGGAAGCCCUUUGCCACGCCCCUGGGCUACUGGCCUAAGUACAGGACUCUCUCAAAGGCCAUGAUCGCUUACUGGACCAAUUUUGCUAGAACUGGCGAUCCCAACAAAGGGCAUUCAGACGUGCCCGUUUCCUGGCCAGCCUACACCAACAAUGGCAAGUACUACCUGGAUAUCAACCACAAGAUAACCAAGAACUCUGUGAAGCAGGACCUGAGGUCCCGCUUUGUGACCUUCUGGAACUCGGUCUACCUGAAGCUGCCGCAGGUUGCCGACAUCUCCCAGUCGGAGUUAAUGUUCUGAACCUUUAAAGACUGUGCA